UUUUAAGAGUGUUUACGUACAAAUUAAAAUCUACACACGAAUAUAAAAGAGAAACAGUUCGUAUUAGUAAAGUUACAAUAACAAGUAUAAGCAAAGAAAUAAAUUGAUCAUGCUUUUUAUAUUUGUGAUCGGAUUAAUUGCUGCUGUUAAUUCUGCAGUCGUACCAUGCAAAGACAGAAGCAAUCAAUGUGCUUACUACAAAUCAACUGGAUGGUAUGUAUGUGGUGUGGGAAGUUAUAUGUAUGAUUAUUGCAAAAAGACUUGUGGUUACUGCAAUGGAAGAUCAAUCCCACUUCCACCAGCGGGUUGUCAUGACUUUGAAAAGAAUUGUCCAAUGUGGGUGAAGAAUGGAUACUGUACGUCGAAUACGAAGUUCAUGUCGAAGUACUGUUGCAAAGCUUGUAAAGCUCCCGUGACCACAAGAGCAACAACCACAACCACAAUGCCUCCACCUCUUAAAUGCCGAGAUGUAUCACCUUCGUUUUGUCAGACACAAGGAUUUGGUGAAUGCAAAUUCAAUACCGUCGAAAUGUACAAACGAUGUAAGCUGACUUGUAAGAUGUGUGCUCCAGGAAAGAAUUGUUUGGAUUUAGAUAUCAACUGUCCACAAUAUAAAGAUCUGGGUUAUUGUAAAGCCAGUUCAGAAUACCAAUACUGGAUGCUGAGAAAUUGUAAAUUUACUUGUUUGAAUUGUUGAAGUAAAUUUUAUGGCAAAAGAUAAAGUUUAUAUAUUCA